UUGUUGGACUAAGUCCGACAAGGGACUUAAGAACUUGCCUAAAAAAAAAUGCACACACAACAAAAAAAAAAAAAGCCAUAUAUAUUAAAAUUUAUUUAAUUUUCACAUAUUUCAUAUUUCAUGUAAAUUCCUCUAUUUAAACCAACCCCCGCAAAAGACACGAGCACAACUCUCAGCAUCAUCCCGCCCAAAAUGUCAGACUCAGUGGCUCAGCAAAUCUCCCUGUUUCGCUCUCUCAUUCUCAGCAGAAGGCUCGACGGCGCCGCGCUGCGAAUCAUCGAAUCAGUCAUGGUUUCCAAAGACGUCAGAUCAUCAUCCAUGGAAGUCCGAUCGAGCUUACGGGACUUCAUUGGGUCUGAAUCCAUUUCUGUUAUGCGUGAGAACGCGGAUAAACCUGUUGAGAAGAAGCUUUUGGAUCUCAAUUUUCUUGUCCGAGCUUCCGCACUUUUAGGUGAUGUCGAGAAUUGCUUGGCUUUAAGAUACGAGGCCUUGCUUUUGAGGGAAUUCAAGUCCACGAGUUGCCAGUGGCUUGAGGUUUCACAUAUGGAAUGGUUAAACUUCGCCGAGCAAUCACUGGAUUACGGCUUUCAUUCCAUUGCAAGAAAGGCAUGUGAAAAUGCACUUUUGUGCUUCCAAAAGGCUUCUAAAACAGAUUCCGAGACUACUGAGUUCUUUGAAGGUGUGAAAAUUAUUGAAAAAAUAAAGAGACUCAAGGAUUGCGCCAUGACAUCAGCUGUUUCACGAUCUGUUCAGGUACAAGCUGAAAGGUACACAAAGAGUAAAUUGAUGAGCAGAAGUAAAGCAAGUCCUUCAGUUUGUAAAAAGACCCAGCGUUUAGCGACCACUUUGUUCAGAAAUGGAAUCAGAAAGAGAAAUCUACGGUAUCUGCACGAAAGUCAAAGCUUGGUAAAGAUGACUGAUGAGCCAAGUGCCAGUAGAAGUUGAAGAAGCAAUUUGCUUAAUUUGUCAUUCAAAUUGAAUAAGAUUAUAUUGACUUGAUAUACAUCUCAGGCUAGUUUUUGAUGCAGUUGUUCUGCUGGAAUGGUCAAAUACCAAGAGUAAGGAUCAGAUCCUAUAGAAACAUUUGAUAUAAAUCCGUAUCCAAAGUAUUGUUCACGGUAAAAAUUAUAGCCACAAGGUUGAGGCAAUUCGGUAAAUCAUACAAAUCUACCCACCCCAGAAAUAUACCAGUUUAUUUUGUCAGUA